AGAGGAUCUAAAGUCUGCGCUUGGGUAAGGAUUUGCACGAGAGUGGAAAACUUUGGUUCUUUCGCCACGCCGCAUCCAUCCACCACUCUCUCACGCUGACUGACAAACUGGUCCCCCAUUAUUUAGGAAAAUUGGAUUGUCAGGCCGAUCUUUGUAAGCAAUGAAGGCCCAAGGAGAGUUGAAGCAGUAUGAAGUCAUCGGGAGAAAGUUGCCUUCUGAGAAGGAAAAGAAUCCUCCUUUGUACAAGAUGAGGAUUUUCGCCCCAGAAAGGAUCGUUGCAAAGUCUAGAUUCUGGUACUUUUUACGGCAACUUCGAAAGUUCAAGAAGAUGACGGGUGAAAUUGUUUCUGUUAAACAGAUCCCUGAAACCUCACCAACUCGAGUUAAGAACUUUGGAAUCUGGUUGCGAUAUGAUUCCAGAUCCGGAACUCAUAACAUGUACCGCGAGUACCGAGAGCUGAGCACAACCGCAGCUGUAACUGCUUGUUAUAGAGAUAUGGGUGCUCGUCAUCGUGCCCGUGCUCACUCAAUCCAGAUCAUCCGAGUAGAAGAAGUCCAGGCUUCGAAAUGCAGACGCCCAAUUGUGAAACAAUUCCACGACGCCAAGCUUCGAUUCCCCUUGCCCAAGAGGAUCGAACAAAAGCACACAUUACCCAAAUUCUCCUAUGUCCGACCUAAGACUUACUUUAUGUAACUCCUGGAAUGAUUUAAACUUGUUUCGUAUUUUAAUUGUCACCUAUCAUUUGAGGAGGGUAAUAAAGGUGGUCUUGUUGAA